GUCAAAUCCAAAAACAAAUGGAGUCGCGUGCGCCCGCUCCGUCUGGGCGGGCUGUUCAUAGGUAGCGGUAGUUCCCACCUCCUAAAUUCUGCUGGCGUCUUGCUUGCGACGUCCCGUCCUUCCCUCCUGGAAUUCCAGUCGUUCAACCGUCACAAUCCGUCAUCUCCUCACUCAGCUGCAUCACGGCUGAGGCUGUGUGGUUCGUCGUCACGCCGUCAGUCUCUUCACCACCGUCGGAUCCCAUUCAUUUGGGCAUUCUUCAAACCCUCCACGGCUCAACCACGACAACAACCGGUGUCCACUUCGGCUGCUUAGCUGCAUCAAACAAGGUCACGGUGAACACUUGACCGUCGGUGUGGUACUUUUUUUUUGUGUUUGUUUUUGGAAAGGAACACCCAGGCGUAGCGACAACACUCCGUACCACCCGGCAGUUACGACUACUUAGUCAAACAAAACAAAAUAAAAAAAAGGGGCAACGCAACAAAAGCAGCAAACAUGGCUUCACCCGACCCCCGGACCACAGCCAACCCGUCAUCCGACGACAUUGUAUUUAGUGAUUCGAAAGGCCAACACGAUGUCCUCCAUAACUCGGAUGAGGUCCGACGCACCGACACUACGGACAGGAUCAUCCAAAAUGCCAAAACAGCAACCGACAAGGAGCAAAAGAUGACGCUGUUGCAGGGCAUCAAGCUGUACCCAAAGGCGAUUGCGUGGAGCAUGCUCAUCUCGACGUGCAUCGUCAUGGAGGGUUACGAUGUCUGUCUGAUUAACAAUUUCUACGCCUUCCCCCAGUUUGCUCGCAAGUACGGCGAGGAGAUAGCGCCGGGCCACUGGGAGGUUCCUGCUCGCUGGCAGGCUGGUCUUAGUAAUGGCGCCAACGUGGGAGAGUUGAUCGGCCUUCUCAUCAAUGGAUAUGUAUCAGAACGUUUCGGUUAUCGGUACACCGUUAUCGGCUGCUUGAUGCUCAUUUGCGCGUGGACUUCCCUGUUCUUUACGGCGCAGAAUGUCCAGACGUUGUUGGCUGCUGAGAUUCUUUGCGGCAUCCCAUGGGGCGUCUUCCAAACUCUCACCAUCACCUACGCCUCCGAAGUCUGCCCCGUCGCCAUGCGCGGCUACCUUACCACCUACGUCAACUUCUGCUGGGGCGUGGGCCAGGAAAUCGCCAUCGGAGUCAUCAUGUCCAUGCUCAAGCGCGACGACGAAUGGGCCUACCGGAUCCCCUACGCCCUGCAAUGGAUGUGGCCCGUACCUCUGGCCUUGGGAAUCUUCUUCGCACCCGAAUCGCCUUGGUGGCUCGUCCGCAAGGGUCGUCUGGAUGACGCCAAGAAGUCUCUCCUCCGUCUGACCAGCGUGAACCGCGAAACCGAUUUCAAUGCGGACGAGACCGUCGCCAUGAUGGUUCACACCACCGCCCUGGAGGAGAAGACGACGCAGGGAGCGACCUUUUGGGAUUGCUUCAAGGGCCAUGAUCUCAGGAGAACGGAGAUUGUGUGCAUGGUGUGGGCGAUUCAGAAUCUGAGUGGAAACUCGUUCUCGAAUUACUCGACGUAUUUCCUCAAGCAGGCCGGCCUGGACGAUGAUGACGCCUAUGCGUUUGCUCUCGGGCAGUACGCUAUCAACAUGGCGGGCGUGUUUGGCGCGUGGUUCUUGAUGAGCCGCGGCAUUGGACGGAGAGCUCUUUACCUGUAUGGGUUGUGCGGUCUAUUCUGCAUGCUCUUUGUGCUGGGUUUCCUUGGUCUUGUUCCCGAAGCGCACAACAGGGAGGCUUCGAUUGCGACUGGCAGUAUCAUGUUGGGCUGGGCUUUGGUGUACCAGUUGACAGUCGGAACGGUCUGCUACUCGCUUGUCAGUGAAAUCUCGACGAGAAGACUGCAGAUCAAGACCAUUGCUCUUGGUCGUGUGCUUUACAUUAUUGUCGGCAUCGUCACUGCCGUCCUCACACCCUACAUGCUCAACCCCGGCGCCUGGGACUGGUCCAACUUUACCGGUUUCUUCUGGGCCGGCAUCUGCUUCCUCUGCAUCAUCUACGUCUACUUCCGCGUCCCCGAGCCCACCGGCCGCACCUUUGCCGAGCUCGACCUCCUCUUCUCAAAGGGCAUCAGCGCGCGCAAGUUCGCUGAGACCAAGGUGGAUGUAUUCGCUGAUGAGGCUGCGUCCCUCGAUAGCUCGGUGUUGCAAAAGUACGAGAAGGGCUUGGAUAUGUCCCAAACUGACAGCAAGGCUAGUGGCAGUGGGGUAUAAAGUGAUGCCAACAUGGGAGACCGUACAAGCGAUGCGUGUACGGUCUUGUAGUUGAAUAGGGGCGUGGCAUCUUUGGACUGUGGUCAGCCUGACCGAUUUGUCGCUCACUCUAAGAGGUGGGACAGUCAAGGAAUCGGCGAGGUGCAAAGCGGUAGCAUUGACGGGUUGCGGAUCUAAUGAGGAGGUUGACACGAUUUCUGCACAUACCCGCGACUGAUGUUGUUGCGUUUGAGAUCCAAGAAGCCAAUCGGCAUUAAACAAGCAAGCGGCUACAGCAACGACCCCCAUUUUGGAUACUCUGGUCCAACUCGGGGGACUUAUUAAUCAUGGAAAGAGGUUAUGGGAAUGCAGGCGACAAUGUUUUUGGAUUUUAUAGGAAGGGAACAUGCAAGGAUGGGAUUAUGACAUGGGGAGAGGGGACUGACUACGAGGUCCCUUUCACGCCAUUAUGAGCAUCACGACCCUCGUGGAGGACUUGGGGAAACGGAAAACAGGAUGGCGGAUGCCGUGUACACUAGUAUGACAUACGCUCGGAAAGAGUAAUAUAUAAGUUUAAUUUUACGAUGAAGCAU